GAGGAGGGGCAUGUGACUUGGUAAGACACAGCACAAGCUCAAAGGAAACAGCUGCUCAUUUCAUACAUUAGCACUUGGCAAGUGAGCAAGAAGCAGGGAUGUUUGUGGAAUACCUCCGCACUGAGAAUUACAGUCACCUACAAUAGGAACAACUUCAUGUGAAAUAUGGUUAUCUGGAAAGGUAUACAUUUUUAAUGACCAAACAAUGGGAUCCAGUACAUUUCGAAAGGCAGCCACGCUGGAUGAACUUCUGUAUGCCUGUAUUGAGAUGUUUGAUGAGAAAGGUGAUCUGAACAAUAACAACCUACUGCCGAGGACUGUGUUAUUGAUGCAUCGCUGGUAUCUGUCUUCUACUGAACUUGCUGGAAAAAUUCUAUCUAUAUAUAGAAAUGCCAGCGAUGAGAACUGCGAUACCUUCCGCUUAAAAACAUGUCACUUUAUGAGAUACUGGAUCCUGGAAUUUCCUGCAGAGUUUAAUCUGGAUUUGGGAUUGAUACAACUGACAGAGGAAUUUAGAGAACUGGCACACCAGCUGGGUUAUGAAGAACACAUUAAUCUAAUAGACAUCUCCAGCAUCCCAUCUUAUGACUGGAUGCGAAGAGUCACACAGAGGAAAAAAACAUCAAAGAAGGGAAAGGUUUGCCUUCUGUUCGACCAUCUGGAGCCUGUGGAGCUGGCAGAGCACCUAACAUUUCUUGAAUACAAAGCAUUCCGAAGGAUAUCGUUUACAGAUUACCAAAGCUAUGUAAUUCAUGGAAGUUUAGUGGAUAACCCAACUUUGGAGAGGUCUAUAGCUUUAUUUAAUGGAAUCUCAAAGUGGGUUCAGCUCAUGGUUCUCAGUAAGCCAACCCCACAACAAAGAGCAGAAGUCAUAACAAAGUACAUCAAUGUGGCUGAGAAACUCCUGGACCUCCAGAAUUUCAAUACCCUGAUGUCUGUGGUUGGUGGACUAAGCCAUAGUUCUAUAUCCCGCCUUAAGGAUACGCACGCGCAUCUCAGUUCUGAUGUAACAAAGGUGUGGGAUGAAAUGACUGAGUUGGUCUCAUCUAAUGGAAACUACUGUAACUACCGUAAAGCCUUUGCAGAGUGUGAAGGAUUCAAGAUUCCCAUUCUAGGCGUUCACUUAAAAGACUUAAUAGCAGUACAUGUUAUAUUCCCCGACUGGGUAGAUGACAAUAAAGUAAAUACAGUAAAGAUGCAGCAGUUAUAUGUCACUCUCAAUGAACUGGUGUCACUGCAGAGUGUGUCCCAUCACCUAGAAACCAGUAUGGAUUUAAUAAACCUCUUAACGUUAUCACUUGAUUUAUACCACACAGAAGAUGAUAUUUAUAAACUUUCAUUGGUGCUUGAGCCGCGGAAUCCAAAAUCGCCAACUUCCCCCACAACUCCUACUAAACCUGAUGUACCACUUGAUUGGGCUUCUGGUGUGACGCCAAAGCCCGAUCCUACAGUUAUUAGCAAACAUAUAAGGAAAUUGGUUGAGUCUGUUUUCAGAAAUUAUGACCACGAUCAUGAUGGCUAUAUUUCUCAAGAGGACUUUGAAAGCAUCGCUGCUAACUUCCCAUUUCUGGACUCCUUCUGCGUUUUAGACAAGGAUCAAGAUGGUCUAAUCAGUAAAGAAGAAAUGAUGGCAUACUUUCUAAGGGCAAAAUCUCAGUUUCAUUGCAAAAUGGGACCAGGCUUUAUCCACAACUUCCAGGAGAUGAACUAUCUAAAGCCGACCUUCUGCGAGCACUGUGCUGGAUUUCUAUGGGGUAUAAUCAAACAAGGAUACAAGUGCAAAGACUGUGGAGCCAAUUGCCAUAAACAGUGUAAAGACCUACUUGUACUAGCUUGCAGAAAAUUCUCCAGAGCAGCAUCUAUCGGCAGCAGCCACGGUUCCCUUCCCAACAGUCCAUCUAUAGCUCCAGCACAAGAUGACGUGUUUGCGUUUCCCCCCUCUGGAAGAGAAAGUCAUGAUCUGGAUGGAAGAGCAAUCACUUUGGUCACCGGGUCUUCUAGAAAAAUUUCAGUCCGAUUACAGAGGUCAACAACCAGCCAGGCUACACAGACAGAUCCAGAGUGGACGGAUUCUGGCUGGAGUGAUAUAGGAUCUCAUACAUUUCCUAAAAUGAAGUGCAAAUUUUAUAGUAAAUCAACCAAGAACAAAGGUUUUGCUAAAUGGGAGAAUGAAAAACCAAACAGGCAUCCAAAUAUGGACAUCAUGGAAGUGCAGAUUUUAGAGCAGCAUGGAGACCACAAUGGGACAGAGACCAAGGAGGAAUUGAGCAGUACUGAGGACCGUUGAUUCUCUGGUUUUCUGUAAAGGAAAAAGAAAUUGGCACUGGCUGAGGAUGGGAAUUCCUUCGAAGUAGCUAGUGACAGCAGAAAAGUGACCUGGACCACCUGGUAAUGAAAAGAAAGACAUAGCACAGGUGUCUGGUGAAAUGCACUAUUUGUGUCUUUAAGCUACAGAUGGACUUUUCUCAUUGAAAAACGAAGUGUAGCAACGGUUGGAGAGAAGACACAACUAAUAGACUUCCACAUAUGAUCUUGGAGUUGGCCCAUUUGUGUGUCAGACUCCACUUAUAGUCCAGUGUGUUAUUACAGCUUUAGGCUUGUAGAGACUGUGCAUAAAGAUGUGAUUGGUAUUUAUUUUUAGGAGAGCAAGUGAAGAGUCAUUAAAUAUUAUUUAAUAAUUAUAAGACCCAAGGAUCUAUGUCCGCAGUGUCAGGUAUACUACAGGUAGCUCGAUUUUUUUAAAAUUUUUAUUUCAUGUGAUUCCAGUUGGUGAUAUUCAGUUAUCAAUCAUCUUAUUCUUGCAUAGGAGAAUCACAGACGUUCCUAUAUAGUUGUGCUGUCAAAUAGAUAAAUCUAUACAUAUGAGACAUAGAGAAUGCUCACAACAAAAUCAUUAUUAGGAGAAGUAGUUAAUCUCAAUAUGCUGUUGUUUUAUGAGUCAAAGUGCUUGUCACAAAGCUGGUGCAUGAUGGAAUCUAAUGUUAGUAGAUGACAUCCUAUCUAGUGACAAGAUAAGAGGGCGUUCACACUAGUCAAAGAAAGAUCAGACUUUAUUAUUUACCACUUAGGGUGCUGACGGGAUAUAGGAGGGGAUCUUCAACUGUUAGUCCAGAAAAGUGUAACAUGCGUAAAUGACCCAGAAUUUUUCACUGUAUUUACAAACAUUUUAUGUGGGAACAUUGGUAAAUAUGUUGGGAUAUUUCAACUGUCAGGGGCACGUCCUCUUUUAGCAACCACUCCCCUUUUCCCAGCGACCAUGCUCCCAUUUCAGGUUUUCUAAGUAAAAUGGAGAGUUGGUUAGGAUUUUGGAUUUUUAGGUCACAGUUUGGGUGCAAAUAAAAAACAAACAGUCAGGAUCACAUUAGGAAAUGACCCUUCUCAGUUCUGUCCUAAACAUUUAAAUAGCAAGAAAGGCUAAAGGUGGUAGAUGUCAAUGUUCUACGCUUGACAGACUUUGUCUUCCCAUAAGACUGGCUCAGGAAAGUUGAACAUUUGAAAAUUUUCCUUUUGAACAUCUAAAAGUUUGACUUCAAAUUCACAUUGUCAUCAUUAUAAAUCUCUUUUUAUUAAAGAAAUAGCAAACUACAGAGGCAUAAUAAUGCAUGCAAGUCAAUCAGAUUACAUAAGAUUACAGAUUACACUAAGCAUCAAAGUAAUAUCAGUAGUAAUUCUAGAAAAAUGAGAACAGGAGGCAAAGUACAGGUGGAGUAUGGGGAGGGGGAGUAUGUGGAGGGGGGGUUACAAACAGAGAGAAACAUCACAGUGUACAGAGGUGCUCCUUGGGGCCAACAUAUUCAGAAACUCAACAUGUAAAUUCGAUUGCUAGAUUGUGAUCUCUUCCAGUCUUUAUGACUACAUUGCGCAACAGUAGGCGGCUGCAAAAUGUCAUUGUUAUAUCAACUACAGUUUAAUAUAAAGAACAUAGUACCAACCAAACAUAGUGUAGCUACUUCUCAUGUGAAUGGCACAACAAUGCUCACACUAUUUCUAUUUAUU